AUGAAUUUUAAUGCCUCUAGAAAUGUCGGCCCUGCUGGCGGGCCCCGUAAAGCAAAACGAGUGAGUGAUGUAUCAGCAAUGGGUGCUCCGUCGCUAACACCGGCUUUUAGUCCAACUCCAACAUAUAACCAAGGAUAUGCACCGGCUGGCCCCCCUCCUCCAUAUCAACAGGGAAUCCAACUAGAUCCUGCUCAAGAAUUUGGUUCUUCAGAUCCUGCUGCAAAUUUUGGGUAUAUGGGUGGAUAUGGACAAGCUCCAAUGCCGACACCAGCUCACAUUGGCUCUAUGAUACAACAACCUAUUAUACAGGACAUGGCUUUGCAGUACGGCAACCAGCUGGCCGCGCAGGGUCGGGAGGCGGUGCAGCGCGAGCUCGGCCGCUACGUGCCGGUGUCUAGGCUCAGAUACUACUUCGCAGUAGACACCAGAUAUGUCAUGAAGAAAUUGAUUCUUAUACUGUUUCCGUACACACAUCAGGACUGGUUUGUGAAGUACGACCAGGACUCGCCAGUGCAGCCGCGCUACGACGUCAACGCGCCCGACCUCUACAUACCCUCCAUGGGCUAUGUCACCUACGUGCUGCUGGCUGGCUUCAUGCUCGGUCUCCAGCACAGGUUCUCCCCGGAGCAGAUCAGCAUCCAGGCGUCGAGCGCGCUGGCCUACAUCAUCUUCGAGAUGGUGCUGUACUUGGGCACGCUGUACGUGAGCGCGGCCGGCCCGGCCACGCGCACGCUGGACCUGCUGGCCUACUCCGGCUACAAGUACACCACCAUGAUCGCCAGCCUGCUGGCCGCGCUCGCCGCCGGCCCCACCGGCUACUACUGCGUGCUGCUGUACUGUAGCAUAGCUUUGUCUUUUUUUUUGGUGAAAACCCUUCGACUGCAGUUGCCAUCCGGGUCCCAUGUGCCGGAGCAGCCCUACAGCGGGUACCCCAACAGCUACUCGGCCAACCCGUACGUGGACACGUGGGCGAAGCCUCCCGGCGGCGGCACCAAGCGCCGCUUGUACUUCCUGCUGUUCGUGGCGGUGACGCAGCCGCUGCUGUCCUGGUGGCUGACCCACCACCUGGUCCCGUCGGCCCCGCUGGCCGCGCCCGCCCCGCUCGUGCCGCCCGCCCGA